AUGGCGUUUCGGCCACACGGACGACGGCAGCAGCCUGGCAUGGAAGCCAUCAUCGAGACGGUGUCCGACCGGGCAUCCAUUGCAGCAGUGGACGCCAUCGCCCCCGAAACGGAACACGAGCCGAAGUCGGCACGACGUGAUAGAUCCUUCGGCAGCGAGCCACCCUUACUGUCACCAUCACAACAGCAACACUGUCAAACGUCACAUUUAUCAGCCUUGAGCCGGAAAGCUGAGCGACGGCUUGUCUGGAAGCUCGACCUCUGCAUCCUACCCAUCUUCCUGGUUGUCUUUCUGGUUUCGACGCUCGACCGCAUCAGCAUGAGCAAUGCAAAGGCCAUGGGCCUCAUGGGGGACCUCUCACUCACAGUACAAAAGUACAACAUUGCUUAUUAUAUCUGUUUUGCGGCACUCGUCAUCUUCGGGGUCCCCAGUAGCCUCCUGCUCUGCAGAAGCCGGCGUCCGUCCUGGUACCUCGGCGCCAUGACGGUUUGCUGGGGCGUCGCCAACUUGUGCGCCGGUUUCGUCCAGACGUACCACGGGCUCGUCGCUGUGCGGUUUGUGCUCGGCAUUUUCGAGGCCGGCCUCCAGCCAGGUGUGAUUUACAUCACGUCCCUGUACUACACACGCCGCGAGUACCAGACGCGUCUGAGCCUUCUCUUCUGCGGCCACGUUGCUGCGUCCGCCUUUGGUCCGCUCAUGGCCUACGCCAUCGGCAAGGGCAUCGCAGGCGCCCAGACCGUCAGCCCGAAAAACAGCACCACCGACGUUGUGAGCAGCAUUGCGCCCAACGGCUUCAAGGGAUGGCGUUGGGUUUUUAUUGUCGAGGGGUCGGUGACGGCUGCCAUCGGCCUGGUAGCCUGUUUCCUUGUCGUCGACGAGCCCAACCGCUGCCGCUACCUCUCGGCCGAAGAACGGCGUCUCGUCCAGCAGCGCGUGGCCGAAGACCGUGGUAGCGGGUCAGCGGUCGGGUCUGGGUCUACGGUUGACACGUUUACCAUGGACCGCCUCGACCGCCGUGCUGUCCUGCGCUCCCUCGCCGACUACAAGAUCUGGCUCGGCGCCCUCGUCGCCGUCGGCACGGGCACCACGGCCUACAGCACGUCCAUGUUCAUGCCCAGCAUCCUGCACGACUUUGGCUACAAGGCACGCGACGUCAAGAUCCACACCCUGCCCGUCUACGCUGUCGCCGCCGUCUUCAUGGUCGCUGUGUCCUGGCUCGCCGACCGCCUGCGCCUACGCUACGCCCUCAUCAUGGCCGCCACCAUUGUCGCCACCAUUGGCUACUGCAUGCUGCUCGACGAGACGUGGAUGAACCGCGAGGCCAAGUACGGCGCCUCGUUCCUGAUUAGCAUCGGCGGCUAUGCGGCGCUGCCGCUGGCCUAUGGCUGGCUCGUCGAGAACCUGGCCGGCCGCUGGAAACGCGCGUUCGGUGUCGGCGUCCAGAGCGCGCUGGGCAACAUGGCAGGCGUCGUGGCGUCCACCAUCUACCGGCGAGAAGAAAGCCCGACGUAUGUGACGGGCUACGGCGUGGCACUCGGGUUCUUGUGGAUUGGUGCCGCCGCGGCAACGGCUCUGGCGUAUUUCAUGUGGGUGGAGAACCGGCGACGACAACUCGGUCAGCGGGCGUACCGGCUGGACCGACGGCCCGAGGACGUGGCGAACCUGGGCGACGACCAUCCCGGGUUCCGGUAUAACAUAUAA